AUGUCGGAUGCCGAUGCUGAGAGCAUCGGUAUCGUGACUCAUAAUGGCACGCAUCACGGUGAGCCAUUCAGAUGAGAGCCUCUCCCUUUCCAUUCGUGCAAGCGCAGCCAAUCGUCUGGCUUUUCCCCUUCUUCUGACACUCUUCUUCGCCAUACUCCACAAUUUUCGCGCACCUCGCACCUCGCAGCCGACGAAGCUCUCGCUGUAGCUCUUCUUCGAUCGUUGCCGCAAUUUUCAUCCUUGCCGCUCACGCGCACCAGAGAUGCCAGCUUCAUCGACAAGGGCACCAUAGUGGUGGAUGUUGGAGCUACGUACGAGCCGGAAAGACAGAGGUUCGAUCAUCAUCAGAGAGGUUUCGAACAUACCUUUGAGAAUGGUUUCAACACCAAAUUGAGCAGCGCUGGUUUGGUUUGGAAGUGAGUGUCGCAGAGAUCUUCGUGAUGCUGCGCUAGGUUUGCUCGUUGACGAAUCAGAGCCUUUCUUGUGGGUGGUACAUCAGACACUACGGCAAGGCUAUUCUCUCACAAAAGCUCUUUGAAGACGUUGAUUCGGAUCUUGUCGAUCUUCUGUGGAAGAAGCUGUACGAAGAUUUCGUCGAAGCAAUCGACGGCAUCGACAAUGGCAUCGCGCAAUAUUCUGGUCAAGCGCUGUACAAAUCUAGCACUGAUCUCUCGAGCAGGGUGGGACGUCUGAAUCCGCGUUGGAACGAGGUACUGCCGAGCGAUGCGGCGCAGAAGCAAAAGGAAGAGGAUCAGAGGUUCGAGAAAGCUUCCGCUUUAGCUGGCGGAGAGUUUUGGGAUACGCUAGAAGGACUUAGACUGGCUUGGUUACCUGCUAGAGAAAUUGUGCUUCGUGCCGUAGAGGGUAGGAAAGGCGUCGAGGGGGCAGACUCGCGAGGGAGAAUCCUGGUGUUUGAUGAGUACGCAAGUUGGAAAGUGAGUCGUGGACAAGGGGGCAAAUUUCGGUUUGUCUAGGCCGGCAUCGGCGACGUUCGUGGUUCAGACGCGUAUCUCAUCCCUGUUCCUGGAAUGUUCCAUCGCAGGACCACUUGCACAAGUUGGAAGCUCAUCUCAACAUCCCAGAAGCCGAGAGACCUUUGUACGUCAUCUACCCCGACAGCUCUAGCAGCUGGAGAAUUCAAGCUGUGCCCGUCACGCCCACCUCUUUCGAGAGUCGCAAAGCUUUGCCGGAAAAAUGGAGGGGAGUCAGGGAUGACCAGCUGGACGGAUUGCUCGGAUUCGAGCAGGACCUCAAAGGCGCCAUCUUUGUUCACGCAAGCGGUUUCAUUGGAGGUGAGCAGACGGUUCGGCUCGGUUUCAUCUUGCGUCUCGCCUUUUCAAGUCGCGUGCGUCAUUCAAUUGUCUUGUUCUCCUCACCACGCUUUCGCACCCUCGAUGCACGCGCAGGCCACAAGACGCGCCAGGGGGCACUUGCUAUGGCCAGAGCAGCUCUGGACUUGUGA